GCCAGCGGGUCUGUCCUCCUUUUGCCUUUCGCUCCCCAAGUCAGCCGUCUCUAUCCUCUCGCUUCAGCACUUAGGAUGGUGUUUGGAAGAAAGGAAGAAUACAGGUUGUGCAUUAUUGAUGGCAUGAACAUUUCUGUGGCAGCUUCUGCUGGGAGCCUGUUCUUUGUGUAAGGAGAACAACAUUAACGCCUUGAAUGUGCUUCUGAGAAACCGAUUGCCGUUUCAGACCACUGCUCAGCGUGGGCCCAGAUUGGUGUGUGCGUGUGGGGAAACCCAACAUGAAUUCAUCACUUCUUUCCUCGGCAGGAAACUAUUCCAUUCAGAAUGUCUCAAAGGAGGCUUCUGGACUCGUGCACUUUGAGGAUGAAGACUGUCACGUGCCUUUGGCGAUGGUGUUCACCUUGGCUCUGGCUUACGGGGCCGUCAUCCUUCUGGGCGUCUCUGGGAACCUGGCCUUGAUCAUCAUCAUCUUAAAACAAAAGGAGAUGCGCAACGUGACCAACAUCCUCAUUGUCAACCUUUCCUUUUCGGACCUCCUCAUCACCAUCAUGUGUCUUCCCUUCACCUUUGUCUACACCUUAAUGGACCACUGGGUCUUUGGGGAGGCCAUGUGCAAGCUGAACCCUUUUGUGCAGUGUGUCUCCAUCACAGUCUCAGUUUUCUCUUUGGUCCUCAUUGCUAUUGAGCGCCACCAGCUGAUUAUCAACCCUCGUGGCUGGAGGCCAAACAACAGACAUGCCUACAUAGGGAUUGCUGCAAUCUGGAUUCUAGCGGUGGCUUCAUCAUUGCCUUUCCUGGUGUAUCACAUUCUGACCGACGAACCUUUCACCAAUCUAACGAUAGAGGAAUACAAAGGGAAGUACGUGUGCUUGGAUUCCUUUCCACUGGAGACAAUCAGGCUCUCGUAUACCACAGCUCUCUUGGUGAUACAGUACUUGGGACCCCUUUGCUUUAUAUUUAUUUGCUACUUAAAGAUAUACAUGCGCUUAAAAAGGAGGAGCAACAUGAUGGAUAAGAUGAGAGACAAUAAAUACCGAUCCACUGAAACGAAAAGGAUCAACAUCAUGCUCAUGUCGAUUGUGGUGGCCUUCGCGGUGUGCUGGCUCCCUCUGACUGUUUUUAACACAGUCUUUGACUGGAACCAUGAAAUUCUACCUGUUGCUUCUUGUAGCCACAAUUUGCUGUUUCUGAUCUGUCACCUCACGGCUAUGAUCUCUACCUGCGUGAACCCCAUCUUUUAUGGGUUCCUCAACAAGAACUUCCAGAGGGAUUUGCAGGUUUUCUUUCGCUUCUGCGAUUUCCACCCUAGGGAUGACGACUACGAGACGAUAGCCAUGUCCACCAUGCAUACAGACAUUUCAAAGACCUCUUUGAAGCAAGCGAGCCCCAUUGCGUUUAAGAAAAUUAGUGACAGUGACGAUGAAAGACUAUAGCUCCCAAAGCUCCUGCUACAGAUGAUAUAGUUUCAGGGAUCAAGCACAAUGCUUUAAAGAAGUCAAUAUCUUCCCCUCUCCCUCACUGA